CUCUCUCUCCCUCUCUCGCUCUCUCUCGCGCUCGGUUAGUCUUUCUCCCUCUCGCUCAUUUUCUAUGCCAUCUCCCACUCAUCCUCUCCCCCUCUCUUUAUCUGCUGCCUCUAACUCACUCACUCCCUCUUUCCCCCCUCACAACACUCGCUUCCUGACAACCACUGCCAAAGGACUAGCAGGCGCAGCACAUCCCCAGAUUCCAUCUCUCAACGGAGGCCUGGAAGAAGAAAGAAAGAAAGAAAAAAAACUUAAAACUUUAGCCCAGGUGUUGUGACAGUCUGGAGCUCUGUGUUGCAGCCUGUAGCUCCAGCAAUAUGGCCUCCACCAGGGGAUAAGAAAGGGAUGACUGAGACCAGGUUUUGAGUGACUGAAGAGAGACCCAGCCUCUUUAUUUUCUUUUCAUCAUAGCUGACAGAAUUUUUUGAUCAUCAGUCUCAAGUUAGAAAACUUUGGUGGAAGUUGGUGGAAAUCGGCUCAACUAAAGUUGGACAAACUGCUGGAUUGGGUUGGGUAAAGUCGGACAAGUCUCGUGUCGCUGGCCGGACUCGGCCUGGCCUGACCCGGCCUGGCUUGGUGGCUCAGUGCUGGGCGAUGACAGACAGUGGUCUCCCAAAAUGUUGAGUCUGGAUGGCUUGGAGAUGAUUGCUGUGCUGGUGGUCAUGGGUCUCUUUAUCAAGGUCCUGGAGCAAUUUGGGAUGUUCGAGCCUGUCGGCGGGGAAGACAGCGUGGAAGAUGAUUUUGAGUUAUCCACUGUGUGCCAUCGCCCUGAAAGCAUGGACAAGCUGCAGGAGCAGACUAAGUUCACCAAGAAGGAGCUGCAAGUCCUCUACAGGGGCUUCAAAAAUGAGUGUCCGAGUGGUGUGGUGAAUGAGGAGAACUUUAAGAACAUUUACUCCCAGUUCUUUCCUCAGGGAGAUUCAAGUAUGUAUGCACAUUUCCUGUUUGAAGCCUUCGACACUAACAAGAACGGCUCGGUUAGUUUUGAGGACUUUGUAUUUGGCCUGUCCAUCAUCCUGAGAGGGACCAUUAAUGAUCGGCUAAACUGGGCGUUCAACCUGUAUGACCUGAACAAGGAUGGCUGCAUCACCAAAGAGGAGAUGUUGGACAUCAUGAAAUCCAUCUAUGACAUGAUGGGGAAGUACACAUACCCCACUAUGCAGGAUGAUGCCCCAAGAGAACAUGUGGAGAGCUUCUUCCAGAAAAUGGACCGGAAUAAAGACGGAGUGGUCACCAUAGAGGAGUUCAUUGAGUCUUGCAAAAAGGAUGAGAACAUCAUGCAGUCAAUGCAGCUGUUUGACAAUGUCAUCUAAGAGUCUGAACCAGUUAGGACGCUGGCACCAGGGAGGGGAGAGUGUAUGUGUGUGUGUGUGCAAGAGGAAUCAGGAUUGAAAAGUUUGAGAGUUGUGUGUGUGUGUGUGUGUGUGUGUGUGUGUGUGUGUGUGUGUGUGUGUGCGUGUGUGCGUGCGUGCGUGCGUGCGUGCGUGCGUGCGUGUGUGCGUGCGUGCGUGCGUGCGUGUGUGUGUGUGUGUUGCCGUUUCCUGACUUGCAAGCGUGCUUGUGUCUCUGUUGAGAGCUGUGAGUCCUGAGGGCACUGAGGGGCCCUCUCCUUCCUCCUGGCUCCUGGACCCCCAGUGGCAUUUCUCCAAGCAACAAUGGAGCUUCCCCAACUCCCUUCCUCAUCAUGCAGAAUCUUAGUUUUACCCCAGAGACACAGAGAAAGAGGGCAAGCGGCGGGUUCACAGGCACGCACAAGAUUCCCCACCUGUUUUAUCUGAACUUUUAUUUAUUAUUAUUAUUGUUGUUAUUAUUGAUGGAGGAACUAUCGCAGCUUGUAAUGGCUGAACUCAGAGGAAAGCAGUUAUCCCCAAACCGUGACCUAAGAUGAUUUUCCCCCUUUCCCAGUGAUGGCUAAGAUUUGGAUUUGUGAAUCGGAUCCUGCCUCUGUGCAUGUGGGUGACACCUCCCUGGAGCUGCUAGAGCACUGACGCAACGGCAAUGACAAUAGAAAUGAAUCUACCACCAUCUAGUGGACGACAGAGAAGAGAAAGAGAAAGACACUUCCUGAGGGAACAACUGACGAAAUGGACAUCCAAGCGAUCUGUUUUACACAUGGAGGUUCAAACAUGUUGUUUUCCAUGAGGAACUGAUUUCAGUAUCGCAUGAUGAUGUCACUAAUAUCCAAUUAUGUAUUUACAGAGAUACUCCAAAGUCUGCUUGUCUGUCUGCUGUUCCUAGUCAUUCACAGGUGCCUCACCCUUUGUGUAUGUGUGUGUGCAUGUGUAACAGAAAGAGAUGUCAUCCAUCUUACCUAUGUAAGACUCUAAUAGGACAACACCCACCUCCAUUCAUGGGAUUCUGGUAGAAUAAUUCCCGGCCUUCCAAACUAUUACAGGUCUAGCUGUAGGUGUCUAUUGACUGUUGUACAUUUUCUAGCAUUCCCAGUGGUGUGAUGUUAGGCAGUACAGCGUGGGGAUUGCACUAUAGUUGAGAUGUUUCGACCAUCCCAGCUUGUCGCAAACAUGAGACUGGCAUACCACAGUCGUACUCGUCUAUCAAUAUACAUUCAAGGGGAAUUUAUUAGAUUGCAGAUUGUAUUUGUGAACUUCUUGUAAUCGGAAAUGUCAUGUGGUUGUAGCAGGUCCUACCACUUCAAAAAAAAAAAAAAUCUCAAAACCCUUGUUGCAUUAAAUUAGGCUCAUUCAAUUUAAAAGAGGCAUAGUAUGUGGGUGUGUACUGUUAGUGAGAGAGACAUGGUUUAAUAAGUUUUUUUUUUAUUUUUAUGCCCAGCCUUCCAUUCCUUAUUCUCCCUCUCUCUGUAACACCAAAGAGAAGAUUUAAGAGGUAUAUAAAGCCACUUUAAGUUAAGACAUAUAGCCCAUCCGUGGGUGAAGAGAGAGGGAGAUGCUGUGUAGUACAUAGGACAAGGGGCAAUCAGAGAUAAAAGGGUGUUAGUUUGGUUAACUGGAAAUGUGGUUUACCUGCACACAGUCCAAACUGAAGUGUAAUUUUAGGUUGUGAACCCACAGGCUCUUAUGAAUAAUUUAUUUUUUAAGAAAAUUUCUUAGCCAUUAAUAAUUUGGUCCUUUUCACACUAGAUCAACUCUUAAAUCCAAGAUGAUAUAAGUACCAGAGGCGCUCAAGCCAUAGUGAAGUAGGCUGUAGUGUCUUUUAAACGCAGAGAUUAUCAUGGAAUAGCAAUAAUUUCCUCUACGUUAUCAGCUCCUCAUCCAACUUCUCAUUCCACUCAGAGCACACAGUAAGGGUGCACUGAGACCCUGAUGAAAAUAUGCACUUCUGCAAUUCCUUUUUUUCUGUUCUUCAAAUUUUUUUUUUCUAGGAAAAAAAGGGGUUUGGCUCUGAUUGUUCCUUGCCAACAGUUUUUAACUUCCAUUCCUGACCACAAGUUAAAUCUGUCUAUACCCGCAUGUACUGUGUCUAGAACAAUGAAAACCUACUAACCCGUUGUACUGACUGUCUAGUUAUCUAGCCUCAACUGGUUGCAUUACGUAUUUAAAAUGUGUAUAUUUUGUACAGAGACAAUAAAAAUCACAGUUACUAUGCAAAAUGGACUGGAGUUUGAAUUUUAAAGACUGUACAUAAUUGUCUUUAUUAAAAUAAGAGCUUUACAUGUCUAAAGAUACAGUACAAAGCAACAAUCAAGAUUACACAUGUUUUUGUUUUUUUUUAUCUUAUAAUCCACCAACACAAUGUCAACAAGAAAUGGUUCAUAAUUUAAAUAUACAUAAUUAUACAUAAUCCCAACUGCCACAUCUAAUUCAACCAACAGGCAGUGUAUGAACAGACACAAGGCAACAGGUGAGUAAUGUCUUCGUAGUGAAAUU